AUGGGUGACAACAACCUGCUCGAGUCGUACAAUCCCCUGUACGAUGUGCAUCUGCGGCAGUACUUCGCCUCGCCGCAUAUGCAAAAACAUCUGAGGAACUUGGGAUUGGUAAGGUCAUUUGAUCGAUUUCCAUUCAAAGAUUAUGUCAUUUCCGGCGAAAAAAUCAAGGAUAACAAAAAUAAUUAUCCCUCAUUUUCAGCUCGAUAGCAAUGGAGUCCCAGUUCAAGGAACCAACAAUGUCGAGGGCCAGCUCUACGCUCGCCAUCAGGUCAUGAUGGACAUGAUGUUGCGCAACAAGGAGCGAGUCCUCAUGCAAUUGGCGGAUCUGCAAAAGAAACUGGAUGCCGCCGAAAAAGUCGAAAUUUAUCGGCGGAUUCGAAGUGGAAUCACGAAUGCUGAAGAGUUCAGAAGACAUCAUCUCACCACUCGAAGCUUCUCACGGCCAGCUCGUGCUCGUUCACGUCCUCCAGAGAAUGAUCGAGUCGAAAGACAGCGGCGACAUUCGGGAAGUUUCGACGACAGUGAUUUGUUGAAGAGGAUCGAGAAUGAUUACGAGGAAGCGCAGAAGGUUUACGAACAUGACAGUGGAAAGGGACUGUACGGGAGAUUGGCGGCGAAUGCUUACAAAUACCAGUACUUGCAUAAGGUAGGGAAACUCUAUACAAAGUCAUUUUUCGUCUAUAAAAAUUGUUAAAUAUCUCAGCCGUAUCUUCAAGGCGAGAGCUAAAAAAAUUUAAGCGUUUAUUUGUGGUUCAAAAACUUUUGGAAAAAUUUGAAGUUCCUCCUCAUAAGAUCGCUAAAAUGAUCUCCUUUUCCAGCUUGACGACCGCACUCUCCUCAACUACAAGGACAUGCUCCAGCGUCAGCUGCAGAAGCUCGAACGUUUCCGCGAGAUCUCCUUUGGCCCCCACUCCGUUGCCAAACAUCAACCUCCACUGCAGACGUCUUGGUUCUUCCGUCGAAGGUCUCUGCCGUCUAUAAGUCAAUCCUCGCAAGGCCAGAGUGCGCCACCCACUAUGCAAAUCAGAAAACGCAUGAGGUUAGGGAGAGCAAAGGUUGUACAAGGCACUUGGCUCGUACUAUAUUCUUUUUUGGGAAUUUUCUUUGGUUCUGUGGAUUUUUGGCGAGAGAUAGGAGUGGAAAUUAAAGGGAAGAGCGAAAAUUUGAUUUUAGAGAGAUCAAGCUUUCUUCUUUUUGAAUUGAUUGUUUUCAAACUUCUUUUUUGCCCCAUUUUAGACUAGAAUUGCACUUUUUUGCAGUAUUUUGCACUAAAAUCACUUCAAAAUUCAUUAGCCAAAAAACUGCAUGCCCAGGCCAAACGCUGCCUUCAUUUUUUUCUCCCUCUCUGAACUUUCUCACAGCUUUUUAAUUCUAAUUUUUGUUACAGUAUCCAACUACAGUAUUUUUUGGUAUUUAUCGUAAUAACAAUAAUUGGUUGGAGCUUACAUUCUAUGCAUUUUUAGCCUCGAAUUUCAGCAUCUGUGGCGCACCGUGGAAUUGUUUUUUUUUUUGAUUUUUGUAGCGGAAUAGCUCAUGUCGUUUUCUGUGUAUGGUGUCGUGGUCGACUCUUUCAGGCUUUUCGAUCGGUUUGAUUAUUUGUUUUUUUGGGGAUUUUGAAUUGUUUACGGCAUUUUCCAGAGGUAUUUGUAAUCAUUUUGGUUAUGAAACGUCAACUUUUACUUUAUACAAGCAAAAAUAGAAAGUCUUUACUAUGUUUUUUCGGUUAGAAAGUUGAUUUUAAAUUGUUUAUUUAGUAAUUGCAGACUAUUAAUUUCGAUUUUGACCUAUCAAAGUUGACUAUUUUUCCAAGAAUUUCAUUUUUUAUUAACUCAAAUUCUCAAAAAUUACUUCUAAAAUACAAAAAAUCAGGGAAAUUGCCAAAUUCAGCCUCAUUUUUUAUCAUUACAUCUUAAACUUUCAUGUCAAUUUUUAACCUUCGUAUUUUAGGAAUUCCAAGUCGGGAACUCGAGCUCGCACCGGAAAAUCUUUAUCGCCCAGCCGAGCCUCUGGUCUCCCCGCAACUUCAACCUCAGCUCAGCCGAUCACAAGAAGAGCUCCUUUGCCCAGACAACCCAAGAAACUUCCGCCAUUACCCAAGAAGAAGACUGGGACCCCCACCGCCAAAGCCAAUGGGCACGCACAAACCGGCCAAAAGUUGCCACCGACUGCGAUUAUUCGGUGGGUUUGGUGUAAAAUACGCGUUUCGAAAUUUCAGUUCUUCUAAACAAAAUCCGACUUUUUUUAACAGACCUAAUUGGAUAGCGCAUUAUUUAAAAUAUCCAUAAUUUCAGUCCAUCCAAAAAAGAGCCAGAAUCCAACCGUUCAUCGUCCGGUGCCUCCGUUGAGAAGACCGAGAAGCUUCCCAGCAUCUCCCCGACCCCUCUGGCUGCUGCUGGAGCAGCUGCGGCAGCUGUUGGAGCUGCUGCGUUGGCUGCAAUCUCUCCACAAGCCAGCGAUGGGGAAUACUCCCGGCCCGAGACUGAAGCGUCCGGCCAUUUGUCUGUUGGAAAUGAAAGUGAUGCCACGUCUCCUCAGCCUCAGAGUGAUAUCGAACCAGAACAUGAGGCUGAAAUUGAAGCCGAGCCGUCAACUCCACAGGUCGAAAGAAAGUUUGAAAUGGAACCAGAAGUUCAUGAAGAGGACCAUCAGCAACUUGAGCAUGUUCAGGAGCCAGUUGCUGAGCCUGAACAUGACGCAGAGUCCGUCCAUUCGGAGAAGACCCAUGACGCUUCAUCUCAACCGCCAACGCAUCGAGAAGAGGUUGUUUCAGUCACUUCAUCCCGACUUGAAUCAGCUCGUGAACUGCUUGAAAGAGUCCGUGGGAUUGACAGUCCUUCUCAAUCGCCAAAACCAGAUGAUCGAGGGGCCUCUCAAAUGUCCCGAGAUUCCAUUGAUGGACAUGUUGAUCACUCGCAAGGCCAUGAAAAAACUCAUGAAGAAGUUCAUGAUCAAGUUCACGAACCGGAGAUCACUCAACAGCACGUUCAACAGCUUGCCGAAGAACCUCAAGACGACUUAAUCUCGGCGUCUGAGAGUUUCAAGCAAGUCGAAGAUCAGGUUCAGCAUGAACUUGAAGAUGCUCAUGAACGGGUCCGAAGAUCUGUUGGAGAAGUUCCUGAAGAGAACGAAAUGGAAACCUCUGUCUACCAUCAGCAGGAAGAAAGCCAGGAGCCUCAUUUUCAAGAUGAAUAUCAGCCAACAGAACACCAUGAAGAUGCUCAUGAUCAACAGGAAUAUGAAGAUCAUCAUGUACCUUUAAAAGAGGAAGAUCAUGAGGAAUCCCAUAAAGUAGAAGAGGCACCUCCAACUGAAUCAUUGCAGCGUCAUCGUGACAGUUUUACGGAAUCUGAAUCCGAGCCGAAUCUCCAUUAUCAAACUCAAUCCUUUGCCGUGGAGUCGAACGAAGCUACAUCGGCAAUCGCUCCAGAAGAAACUCAGGCCGCUCCAACUUCAGCUGACAGUUUCCAUGACUCCUCGGUUCCAACCAUUGAAGGAGAGUCUCUGAGAGACUCUGAGGAAGAGACUCGGCCAAACACUGAGGCCCAUGAGCAGGAGGUUCAUGAUGCCACAUCAGAUGUUGCUCACCACGUUGAGGAGUACGACAUGGAUAAGGUUGAUGUGGAAAGAAAACCAAGCUACGAGGCGAUGGUAAUCCAUAGAGACUCGGUAGCACAAGAUCAGAAUGUUCAUGAAGAGCCAGUUCAUCAAGACUAUCAACGCGAAGAUCAUGAUGAUAUUGAGGAAACCUUUGAGAAAGUUGAUCAUCAGCCUUUAGAAGGGUCAGCGAUCUCCCAUCCGGCCAGUCAAGGUGGAGAUCAUGAGCCAGUCCACGAGCCGGCACAUGAUAUUCCGGCAUCUCCAGUGCAGCCUGAAGAUCAUUUUGAACAUCCCGAGCCAGCGCAUGAUCAAGGCCCCUCAACCCCAGACUCCCCUGAACCUCAUGAACAUGAAGAUCAGAUUGUCGACAAUGCUGGAGAAGAAACAUUCGAACGUAAACACUCUCAUCCUUUGACUGGAAGAACUGACGAUGAACUUCAUGAACAAAGCCAUGUAGAUCACGAAGAGUCUCACGGAAUUUCUCAUGAAGAUUCCCAGAGUUCUCACGGACAGCCAGAAGACUACCGUCACGAAGAGGAACAUCAUGAAGAUGAUGAGGUUGCUCAUGGUCUAGUUCAUGAAGCGCGUUUUGAUCAGCCUGAAGAAGAGCCAUAUGAGGCCCAAAAAUCAUCGACGCUUCUUUCGCAGCCUUCUAUUGAGAUCACUCCGGCCUCUGAAUACGGAGGAUCUGUUGAACAUCUUGACCGCUCAGCUAGAACACCAAUCAGUCCAGUCAGUCAAUCGGAAUCGAUCAAAGAGGAGCCUGCGGCCGAAAUCACAAAUCACGAGACGACUUAUCGUGGAGAAUAUGCUCAGAGUUACGAGCCGGAAGGUCCUGAAGAAGUUGAUCAAACAGCUGCCGAGCAAUAUCGUCUGCCAGAAUCCCCGGAUCCUAAUGCUCACAAUGACAUCAUUCCGGAACAAUGUGCAGAGCAUGGUGAAAUUGUUGUUCCAGCUGAUGGUGAGAUCAGUCCACGCGACCAUAUUCCAGAAUAUCACCCACAAACUCAUGAGUACGAAGCUGGACAUGAACAUGACUUUGAUAGUCCUCGUGAAGAGCCGCACCACGAAGUUUAUGAGGGUCACAACGAUCUGCAAGGACAUGAUGAACACUCAGCAGGCCAUCACGAAACUCAUGAAGAAAUUAGAGAGGCUUCUCACGAACCUGUAGAUCACAGUUCCAAUGAAGACGUCCAUAAUGCGCUUUCUCAUGAAUACGAUCAAAUUCCCCAUGAAACAGAGGUUCAUAACGAGCCUGAAGUUACUCAUCAAGAAUACGACGAUGACCAAGGACAUCACAUCGUCCAUUCAGAACACCAUGUUGAUGACAAUGAACCUGGAGUUCAUAUUGAAACGGAAUCUCUUCAUAUAACGACUGAACAAAAUGACGCAAUUUCUCCGCGCUCUGAAGUUUCCCACGGUUCGGAGUCCGGUCAAGGUUCUGAACUGCCGAGUGGACGGACCGAAGACAUCUCGCCUGACCAGCCAGCUGUUCACGAAGAUAUUUUGGCCAGUCCACGCACCGAAGCUCCAGAACUAAGCCCUCGACAUGAAGACGAAGAUCAUCAUAUCUCUCAUGAAGUAGACAUCAGUUCGAAUGAGCCUCAAGUCUAUGACGACGAGUAUACAGAUGAGCAAGGUCAUCAUACCAUCCACGAAGAACAUCGAGUUCAUGAGACUGAGCCUGGAGUUCAUGUUGAAGAAUACAGUUAUCAACAAACCACUGACAAUGAUGCUGAUCAUGUGACUAACCGAUCUGAGUAUUCCGAACAGUCUGUUACUCACGAGCCGAAUUUGAUGGAACAGUCGGUUUAUGAGGAUCAUAGUGAUGGUCAUGGGCAUGAUCACGAGGUAGAUUAUGACCGUCAAAGUCAAGUCAGCCAAGAGGUGAUUCAUCACGAACCUGAACAUCACAUUGUCUCUGAGGAUUACACAAUCGAUCAGCAACAUCAUGAACAUUUGCCAGAGGCUGUUGUUGAACAACUCAAUCUCUCACAUGAACAAAACGUGCAUGAAGAUUCUUACACCGACGACUCUCAGCCCGGUCACCAUGUUGAGGAGCACCAUUAUACAAUUACUUCUGAUGCUGAGCCCAAUAAAAAUGUUGAGGUUGAAGAUUACAGCGAACAGAUUGAUGGGCCUAAUGGAGUUCAUGUCGAAAAGCAUUUCCAAUCCACUACGACUAUUGUAAAUGAGAAUGGAAACUACUCCAAUGGGCACAAAGAUGUGGAAGAGGAUGAUAAUGCAAAUGAGAAGACGUCUUUGUUGAGUCGCAGUCAUGAUAGUGAUGAUGAUGGCGAUACGGACAGUGUGAUUAUUCGUUCAAGUCCGGAGACUACAGAUCGGACUGGACCGGAGACUGGACGCGCUGAAAUCUAA